AGUGGGGGAGGGGGAAAAGAGCUGCAGUUUUGCCGAUACGGACAUUGCAUAUCACCGAUUUUCUUAUUCCCUUGAUCACCAUUGCAGAGUGUGGAAGUGGAACUACCUUCGUCAAUUGACCUGAUUCUCAGCAUCUACAGCUCCAUCGUCGGCUUUUAGAGUGCCAGUGCACAUAACUCUCAGCCCACCAUGUCCUCAACAUUAGAAACCAUAAACCUGCCCCAUCUCCCUUCUACUAUGCCUGUGCAUGUAGCUGUCUACCGUGAUGUCCAGAAUGCUCCUUUUCUCCGGCAGCAGCUCAUAUCCGGGAACUCGGACUUUGAAUAUGCGUUCAUUGAUGCAAGCAUGGUUCUUUCGAGAGCGCACGUUUCGUCCGCAAUUUUCAGGGCCGUAAAUGACUAUCUCAAUGAGCGUCUCAAGUCUCGUAAUGUCCACUCGGAGGUUGUUUUCUCUUUUAGCCCCACGAACAAUAUUGCCGACUCCUUCCGGAAAUUCGGUAUCAGCGAUUCUACGAAAGAUCUGUUGGUGGUGAAGGUGUCUGUAACGCCGGAAAUUACCCAUGAUUCAGUAGCGGCACACCUGGCGCAAUUUGUUGAAGGCUCACCUGUGCCCUUCAAUGACGAGACUCUGUCUGAGAUCGCGGAUAUUGCCAAAAUAAAGAAGGCCUACAAGUUAGGAGCAUUACCUUCUGCUCCUGCGGGUCAAGUAAAUGGUGCUGGCAGCAAUGAUAAUAUGCGACUCGAAAAUUCCAUUAUCGGUGCAAUUGCCCUGCGAGGAGCGACUUGAUUGCUUGGUGUUCUCCAAGUUCCCACGUCAACCUGGACUCCAUCUAAAUGACCUCGAAUCGAGCGACUUCCAAUACAACAGGC